AUGUCAGUAAGGAGGAACAGUAUCGAAAUGGCACCAGUGCCAUCCUUAGGAAGGCUAUCAUCCCAAUCCGCAAGAUCCAUACAAAAGAUCGGCGGCAUCGCCAAGCUGCCUACCUUCCAGUCAGACGAGCAACCCAUCUUGCCUGCAGAACACGAGCUCAAGCGUGGACUCAAGGCUCGUCACCUCUCCAUGAUCUCCAUCGCUGGAACAAUCGGUACAGGCCUCUUCUUGGCCUCUGGAUCGUCCAUCGCUCAGGCUGGACCCCUUGGAGCAUUGAUCGCAUACACCAUGAUUGGAUCCAUGGUUUUUUUCAUGAUGACCUCUCUCGGUGAGAUGGCUACUCUGAUCCCUACCGCUGGCUCCUUCAACACCUAUGCUGCUCGCUUCGUGGACCCAGCUCUUGGAUUUGCCCUCGGAGUCAACUACUUCUUGAACUGGGCUGUCACAGUGGCGGUCGAGAUUGCUGCUGCUGCCAUGAUCCUCCAGUUCUGGGUCUCGCCCGAUUUGUUUCCAGGAUGGGCUUGGAGUCUUCUCUUCCUCGUCUUCAUGGUCUCCGUCAACGUCAUGUCCGUCCGUGCCUACGGUGAGGCUGAGUACUGGUUCAGUGUCAUCAAGGUCCUGACCGUCAUCAUCUUUAUUGUCGUCGGAAUCUUGGUCGAUGCCGGUGUGGUCGGAGGCGACAAGAUUGGCUUCCGCAACUGGACCAUCGAAGGCGCUCCCAUCAGGGAUGGUUUUGGAGGAAUUCUCGGUGUCUUCCUGGUCGCAGGAUUCUCUUUCCAGGGAACAGAGCUCAUCGGUAUCGCUGCAGGAGAGAGUGAGAACCCUCGCAAGAACGUCCCCAAGGCAAUCAAGCAGGUUUUCUGGCGCAUCUUGCUCUUCUACAUUAUCUCUAUCUUUAUCAUCGGUCUCGUCAUCCCCAACACCGAUCCCAACCUGCUCAACAGCGGCGGCGUCGACAAGUCUGCUAUCGCCAUCUCUCCCUUCACCUUGGUCCUCCAAAAGGCCUUCAAGCCCGCCUCCCAUAUUAUGAACGCCGUCAUCUUGAUCACCGUUCUCUCUGCAGGAAACUCUGGAAUGUAUGCUUCUACACGCACGCUGAUGAUGUUGGCUCGUGACGGAAAGGCCCCUGCCGUCUUUGGCCGUGUCAACAGCCGUGGUAUCCCUAUGCAGUCCCUUGCCUUUACCACUCUGAUCUCGGCUCUGUGCUUCUGCGCAUCCCUUUUCGGCGCUGGUGAGGUCUACAACUGGCUGUUGAACAUCUCUUCCAUCUCUGGUUUCAUUGCCUGGCUCGGUAUUGCUCUUUCCCACUAUCGCUUCCGUCGUGCCUAUGUUGCCCAGGGUGGAGAUGUCUCUCGUCUCCCAUACAAGGCUGCCCUGUUCCCGUGGGGUCCCAUUUACGCCCUCCUCCUCUGCACUGUUGUUGUCUGCGGUCAGGGAUACUCUGAGUUUACCAAACCCAACCCAAGCGCGAUCAACUUGGUGGCCUGCUACAUUGGCCUGCCGUUCUUUAUUGCCAUGUAUGUUGGCUACAAGCUCUUUUACAAGACCAAGCUUGUUCCUCUGAUGGAGUGCGACUUUAGCGUCUCCAACCUCGAGGACGGCGACAUUGACGAGUUCCACGAGCUCUAUGAGCCCAGCAAGAACCAAGCCGACGAGAAGGAUCAGUAG